CUUCUCUUCAAAUCUGUAUUAUCGCGCUAUGUGGAAAGCCUUGACUAUCGCCUUUCGAAUAUAUAAAGAGACUUUCAAUUGAAAUUGAACCCACAAGUUGAGCUUUAUUGCAAUCGUAACUGUAGCUUGGCUCGGUCAAAAAAGCAAUUACAUUUCAGUACUUGAUCGCCUUUUAACCAGAAUGGUCAAAUUUGCUGAGCUGCUGCCUAUAUGGGGCUUACUUAUUGUAGGUGCCCAGGCAAAAGGAUAUUAUACAAUAACGUCACCGGGUAGCGUAAGACCCAAUUCUAAAUUUAGUGUGCAUGUGAGCGUAUUUGAUAUAUGGGAAAAUUCGAGAAUCAGUCUGACUCUGCAGGGACCACAAUAUGAGAAGAUUAUCGAAGUUGUCGUGCCACCUAACUCUGGACAAAAUGCAACAUUUGAAUUGGGUGAUAUUACAAAUGGCGUAUAUACAUUGAUGGCUCAAGGUCUAUCGGGAAUUUUUUUUGAAAAUUCCACGAAUCUGGAAUUCGUAGAAAAUCUCCCAAUGAUUUAUUUGCAAACCGAUAAGGCACUCUACCGAAGCAGUGAUACUAUAUAUUUUCGCAUAAUAUGCCUAGAUCAGUAUUUGCUACCGGCAAAGGUCAAUCAAUCGCUAUCUGUUGUUUUAAAGGAUUCACAAAAUAUUAUCAUUGAACGUUUCGAUAAUAUUGCACUUAAUACCGGCGUAUACAAAGGUGAAUAUAAAUUAACUGGCAAUGUUGUGCCGGAUGAGUGGUCUGUACAGGUGUUUUUGGGGCAGAAAAUGUUGGCGAAAAAAUUCGUCGAGGUGAAGGAUUAUGAACUGCCACCAUUUGAGAUGGACUUGGACGCACCCAGUUAUGUGACAUUUAGAGAAGCGCAAUUCGUCGCAAGUGUACGAUUUCGCAAUGAAGCAAUGAACAGCCUGACCUCAGGGCGUUGUAUAUUAACCAUCAUAUCAAAGACAAAUGAAAUCAUAAAUCGGAGGAUACAUCAUCUGAAUAAUUGCAAAAAGGGAAUACCAGUGAAUCUAAAUAAACUUGAGAGAGUUAUGCAAAACAUUAUGGUAAAUGUCACUGUUCAAUUUAAAGCACAUGGCACACAUACCGUUUCGAAGUUUGUGAGAUUCGUACCCAAUCUGUAUAUAAUAAACAUGCCAUCCAUGUCCUACGAAUGUCAUGAACCAAAUGAAGUAUUCGUAUACCGCGCCCAUAUUUACAACUAUAAUGGCAAUCCGAUUGAUGGGGGCGAUGAAAUUCGUGUAACUUUAAAUCCGGGUACUAAUGGAAUGCCUGAGACAUUUUUUAGCCACGUCAAUGACGAGGGUUGUCUGGAUGUGCAAAUUAAAUGUUCUAAUUCUAAAAUCAUUUAUGUAACUAUCAACUACAAAGGCACACAAAGCAAACCAGGAAAAAUUGAACUUAAACAUCUUAACCGCAAAGAGGGAGUUCAUGUUAACACACAAUUUCCAACGAUUGAUAACGCUAUUGAAGUGCAACUCGCAUCGCGAGAGACCUUUAACAGCUUUGUAUGUGUGAUUCUCGGACGUGGCAAUAUUGUAUAUAGUAAUAACAUUGACGUUCCCAACCGCGCCUGGAGACAAACACACACCUUUUCCAUUACACCAACAUACGAAAUGAUGCCGGAAGCACAUAUGUUUGUGUACUUCUUUAAAAACGGGAAUAUGGUUUACUAUGAGACAACGUUUUCGGUGAAAAGCGAAUUUCAAAAUACGAUUUUCCUCGACACACCGGAAACCAUAAAACCGGGUAUUAUUCUAUCCUUGAACGUAUUUACUGAACCAAAUUCUUAUGUUGGUUUAUUGGGUAUGGAAGAAAACGCUUUCAACUUACAAUCAGAAAACAAUCUGAAUGCCAAACAGAUCUUCCGUGAUCUAUCAAAUGUGCAAUCGAAGACAACAGGUGUAAUUGCUGGGCUUGUAACAAUGACAAAUGCAAAUCACGAUUUGGUUAAAAUAUACACACCCGUUAUAAAAGAGAGAGCUCCAAUUAGGAAGCAGACCACGCAACGUAAUUAUUUCGAAACGUUUGCAUUCAACGAUUAUGUAAGUGUUAGUGGUUAUGAUGAAGUAGUUUUAAAGUUGCCAACCACUUUCUUCAAAUCUUGGAUCAUUACCGGGUUUGCAAUUAACCCAAAAACAGGAUUUGCCCUUACGACUUCAAGGGCAAUGAAAACUCUUAAGGAAAUACAUAUUGAUAUCGACGUGCCGCAAGCUGUACAGCGGGGGAGCACCAUUACUUUGAAAGCUGAAGUAUACAACUAUUCACGUAGGAGGACGCCAAUAUAUGUCACUCUAGAAAAGGAAAAAGAUGAGUUUGAAUUUGUUAAAAAUGUAGGAAAGAUCAGUGAGACUCUGCGUACGGAUAUAAUUUCACCAGGAAAAUCCAAACCAAUUAAUUUCCAAAUACGCCCGAAAGUGAACGGUAUGAUUACCUUGAAAUUGACUGCUUCCUGUCCUUGGGCAAUUGAUGUGAACAUUAAGAAGCUGAAAGUUGUAGGAAAUUCACUCGGUUAAAGCACUUUUAUAUGCACAAAAUUUUAUAAUAAAUAUUCCAUACAGCAUACUA